GUUUAGUUAACAUGAAGUAUUUAUUGCUGAUUUUGCUGUGUGCUGUGGAUGUUACCAUUAACGCGGUGCCAAACGACAAACGCGCUCAUGGUCAAAAUGGUUGGUAUAUACCUGUCACAGAAGAAAGUUUUGAAUGGGUUGAUAAGGAUAAUGUUGACACCUAUCUUGAAAAUGUAAGAAAGAAAUAUAUGGAAAUGAAUAACUCUGAUAGUUUGGAUCGUAGAAAUAUUUUUUUUCCACAAAACGACGUUUUCUUUCACCUAUACACAAAUAAAAAUCAAGUUCAUUCUCAGUUAAUUACAAUCGAUAAACGAUCCAUUGAUUCUUCUUACUUCAAUCCCGCACAUCCUACACGUAUAUCCAUCCACGGCUUUAACUCUGGCCCUGAUGGAUUUAUUAACUAUGGUGUCCGUGAUGCUUGGUUAUCCAAAGGUGAUUACAAUUACAUUUUCGUAGAGUGGAAUGCUGCCCGUUAUUCUAACUACGCUAUGGUUGUUACAUGUCUGAAGCAUGUUGCUUUUGAUGUUGGAAAUUUAAUUGAUUUCUUGGCCCAGAAUAACUAUAUCAAAUUGGAGGAAUUGGUAAUGGUAGGCCAUAGUUUGGGCGCUCAUAUUGUUGGCUUUUCAGCCAGGAGUUUUCAUAAUAUUAAAACCAUUAUAGGUUUGGAUCCUGCUAGUCCUUUAAUCAAAGAUAACUGUGAGGAUCGUCUGUGCCACAAAGAUGCCAAAUACGUUGAAAGUAUUCAUACCAAUGGCGGUAAUUUCGGUUAUCUGACACCCAUUGGUAGGGGUUCUUUCUAUCCCAAUGGUGGUCAAUCUCAACCAGCUUGUCCUUGGUACCAAAAGUUUAUAGGUAUCUGUGAUCACAGCAUGGCUAUUAAGUAUUACGCCGAAGCCAUCCAAUUAAAUGAUUUCCCUAGCAUCAAGUGCAAAUCAUAUGAAGAUGCUAUUCACAAGAGAUGUGGUAAACAGUUAACUGCCGUUCGCAUGGGUGGCAUGGGUGAUACUGAUAGUAUUUCGGGGGUUUACUAUGUCCCUGUCAGUGCUAAAAUCCCCUAUGGGGUACCACCAGGGACCGUAGUCAACGUACAAAUUCAUGAAACUGAACUUAAAUAAUUCAGCAGCGGCAUAGAUGAACAUUUACAUAUGUUUAAAAAUAAUGAAAAAUAUCAAAAAUAAAUGAUUGAUAGAUUGGGCCUUA